UCCCGUUGAUGACUCUUUCAAAGGGCUCACCAAUACGGCACAAACGGUAUCGAUUAUUUCAAGUGUGGUGAGCAUAUUGAUUGUGGGGAUUGUUGUUGUGGUUGUUGUUUAUGUUUGCAAGAACAGACAAAAAAUAGGCAAAGAAAUUGUUGAUUUAAGAAGAAAUGCUACGUCCACACCGCCGUCGUCAAAUAGUAUCCCGAUUUGGGAAGCAGAUGCUCCGACGAUGGACAGAUUCUUCAAAGAAUUGGCUCAAGAUAAACCGGUCCGUUUCACAGCUCAACAGCUCUAUACAUUCACGACCAACUACGCCGAAAUAUUGGGUUCCGGCGGGUAUGGAAAAGUGUACAAGGGAAAAUUCCCCAAUGGGGUCAAAAUUGCGGUGAAAGUCCUCAAUAAAAGCAGCAAUGAUGUGAGCAAACAAUUCAUGGCCGAAGUUGGAAGUAUUGGUAGAGUUCAUCACAUCAAUUUAGUGAGGCUCUUUGGGUUUUGCCACGAUCAGUUUAUGAGUGCCCUCGUCUAUGAAUUCAUGGAAAACGGAUCGUUGGAUAGGCAUUUAUUCGGUGAAAAUCAGUUGUUGGAAUGGGAGAAGUUGCACGACAUCGCACUAGGCACUGCCAAAGGGAUCGCGUAUUUGCAUGAGGAGUGUGAUAAGAGGAUUAUACAUUAUGAUAUUAAGCCGGAGAAUGUGCUUCUGGAUGCAAGCUUUUCCCCAAAAGUAGCCGAUUUCGGGCUAGCAAAGCUUUGCAAUAGAGAUGAUACUCACGUUUCCCUCACAGGGUACAGAGGAACUCCGGGGUACAUGGCCCCAGAGUUCAUGCUCAAAAAUUAUCCUAUAACGUACAAAUGUGAUGUGUAUAGUUUUGGGAUGUUGAUGUUUGAGAUAGUUGGGAGACGAAGAAACACUGAAAUGAAAGGUAAUAGUAGUGAUAGUGUAGAUUGGUUUCCGGAGCAGGUGUGGAAAGAGUACGAGAAGGGGGAGUUGAUUGCGUUGGUGGAAAGUCGAGGGAUUCCGGAAAACGAGAGAAGCAAGGCCGAGAGGAUGUGUAUGGUGGCAUUAUGGUGCGUGCAGGAUCAGCCACAGACGCGGCCACCCAUGAGUGUGGUGGUCAAGAUGCUGGAAGGUGAUGUCGAGAUUCUACAGCCACCCAAGCCAUUCAGUUACUGGUUUAAAAAUACUGUGAUGGGCAAUUCACUUACUAGGACCACAUCCAAUUCUUCCACCAGCCAAGGAAUGGAUUCAUAUUGGAUUAAGGAGAAACCCACUACUCCCGUUAUGAACAAGUACGAAAUUACCAUUGCUACACUCUGACGAAAAAUAAAGUUCAAGAUAUUACCUCCACCUCAAAAUCGAGUCUUAUUUUGUCAUUUUAGUCUGUCUUAUAAAAUUAGUCAAUUUUCUGUUUUUUUAAAUAUUUUCUCUCACAUUGCCCUAUGAAUACUUUCGUCUCACCGUGUAACACUAUCUUGAAUACUUUUAUAUUUCUUUCUCGUACCUUAAUAUGUAAUAUUAAAACUCGUGUCAUCCUCAAAUAUUUUAUUUUGGUGAAAUGCUAGUGGAAAACCAAAGAGCUUAU